UCACCGCCGCUACCCGCCACCUCCCAUAAGGAUUCAUACGAUUUUUAACCACGUAAAAUGAACGAGGUACAUAUAAAAAGUACUGUGUGAUCAUAAAGGAAUUGAAACGGAUGCUCCCUACUCUUCAUUUUCUGUUGUUGAAUAGUUAUUAUAACGCGUGGUCGACUCCUCACCGUCCCAUCGCUACUAUCUGCCGCAGACCAAACAGCUACUCUUAGAUUCGGAUUGCAAAAUAACCGUCUACUAGGGUAAUUUGAUAUGGAAAUUUGUUAAAGAAUAAUAAGUGAAACACGUAAUAACAAAUAUAACGCUGUUCUUCUAAAAACUUUAAUUUGAAUUCAAAAAAUACAAAAGGUUUCAUUGUCAAUGUUAUAAGGAUUAUUCAUAUCAAAAUAGAGAUUUAAAACUGUAAAACUAGAGGCCGGCAAAUAACCUCGAAAUAUAUUAAAUGACGUUGUUCUAUAUAGUGUUGACAGACAUUUAGCUGUAUUUAUAAUUAAUAACCAUAACGAUGACGAUGGAUAAUUCGUGGCAUGUGAUCAGAACCGCUGCCGCAGAAAAUAAACACGAGUUAGUGUUGUCAGGUCCGGCAAUUUCCGAAUUAAUUGAAAAACGAGGUUUCGACAAAUCUUUAUUCAACCUGCAACAUUUAAAUUACCUAAACAUCACACAGACAUGUUUGCAAGAAGUACCAGAAGAAAUAGGACAGUUGGUGAACUUAACUAACUUGGUGUUACAUUCGAACGAAAUUUCAAAAAUACCGGACACAAUUGGGAAAUUAGAGAAAUUGAAAGUUCUUGAUUGCUCCAGAAAUAAAUUGACUUCUUUGCCAGAUGAAAUAGGAAAGCUCCCACAACUGACCACAAUGAAUUUGAGCGCAAACCUUUUAAAAAUUUUACCUACACAGAUUGGUAAUACUAAGUUGAGUGUUUUGAACCUAUCGAAUAAUCAGUUCGAAACCUUUCCUGAUAUUUGCUAUCCAGAAUUGAUUCACCUUUCUGAAAUUUAUGUUAAUGGUAAUCAAAUUAAAGAAAUUCCUGCAGCUAUAAAUCAAUUGUCAUCUCUGAAAAUAUUAAAUGUAGUAGAUAAUUUAAUUUCAGCUGUUCCAGGUGAAAUAGCUGACUGUAACAAGUUGAAAGAACUGCAAUUAAAAGGAAAUAAGUUAAUGGAUAAAAGAUUAUCAAAAUUGGUGGAUCAAUGCCAUACUAAACAAAUAUUGGAAUAUAUUAAAUCACAUUGUUCUAGGAGUACUAGUUCUGUUAAUUCAAAUUCCAAAAUAAAAAAAGGAAAAAGGUCCCAAAAAUUAUCAGAAUCUGAAAAUAGUGCUAAUACAAUAGAUAUUUUAACGCAUAAGUUAAAAGUAUUAAAAGUAACAAAUGACACACCAUUGAUUAAAAUUACAAAACAUGUGAAAAAUGUUAGGCCCUAUAUCGCAGCUUGCAUUGUCAGAAAUAUAAAAUUUACAGAAGACAGUUUUAAGAAAUUCAUUCAACUUCAAACUAAAUUACACGAUGGAAUAUGUGAAAAAAGAAAUGCAGCUACUAUCGCGACACAUGAUGUAAAAUUGAUUACUCCUGGUGACCUAACAUAUACAGCAAAACUACCAACUGAAUUAGAAAUUAAACCAUUAAUGCGUAAUAAAAUUUAUACUGGUGCUUCAUUGUUUCAACAAUUACAAACAGAAGCUGAUAAUUUAAGAAAAGAAAAAAAACGUAAUGUAUAUUCUGGCAUUCACAAGUACCUUUACCUCCUAGAAGGUAAACCUAUGUUUCCAUGUUUAUUGGAUGCUUCUGAACAAGUUAUUUCAUUUCCACCAAUAACAAAUAGUGAUGUUACAAAAAUGUCAGUAAAUACUGAUACAAUGCUAAUAGAAAUAACCAGUGCCACAUCAUAUCACGUUUGCAGAAACAUAUUGGACCAGUUUUUAAAGGAAUUAGUCAUACAAGGUUUCGGAUGUCCUUCAGACCAAGAAAAUACUUCCGCUUAUCACAGUUUAGUUGUAGAACAAGUAAAAGUAGUAGAUAUGGAAGGUAACAUGAAACUGUUAUAUCCAUCAAGAGCAGAUUUGAAUCUUGAAGAAAAUUUAAUAACUGUGUUGCGUGAGUAAUAUAUCACUGCAAAUUUUAUAAUUUCAGUGUUCUGUGUUUUACGAUUUUUUUUAAAUUUUUAUUUUCUUAUUCUUUUAAAAUGAAAAAUAUUAAAAUAAUCUUUCGUGGUCAAUUUAUAAAUUGUGUUUUGUAACUCUAUAAAAAACAAACAAUUUAAUCAUACAGUGUUAUUGCCGAGACAUUUUAUAUGAUACCUUUUACUAUGUAUGAUUGCAUAUUAUAUGUUAAUCAUAACAUAAUAUUUUUAUAAUGAAGGAUUAAAACUACAUGUAAAAAUAAUAACAAAUGAGUGUUUAACAUUAUGAGAAUCAAAAAAUAAAAAUAAACGUUGCAAAAAUUUAGCAGCUGUAAAAAUUUGUCUUCCCUGAAAAUGAGGAAAAUAUGAAAUUCACUGCCAAAAGUUGUACGAAGGGUCUAACAGGUAGACUCUAGCCAUAUAAGCAUAGUGAAUCGACACCAGCAACAAUUUCGAUUUAUAUUUAUAUUAUACCACAUAGUGCUUUUUGCCUAAAGAAUAAUUGUGAGCAAUUUUAACCAUCUACACCCCUUGGCAGGGGAGAUAUAAGGGUAACAACCCUAAAAUUUACUAUUUUUUUUCUCAGAAGCUGUUUAAGAUAUUUGAACACACUGAAGUGCAAAUAGUAGAUACUCAUUAGCUGUACUUCAUAUAUUUUUUCCAAAAUUUUUAUCCGAUGAUGAAGGGUUGAAAAUUAAUAAACAAAUUUUUGCGAGUGAUUUUUAUAAACAACUCUUUGAGUGACAUCCACUGAAAAAAUUAAGAA